UAACAAACUCUCAUCGUUUACCUAUACUCGUGAAUUACCGUUACAGUGUAGUUACUGCGUGGUUAUUGUAAAAGUGGACAAGCGGAGACAACUUUUGAUUUAAACUGAAAUUAUAGAUCGAUACGUUGAGGACUGUACUAUCUUUGAAAUUGAAAGAAGGAUUUACGAUAGCUAUGAAUUUGAAAGUUAACCAAUAAACCUCACUGAGAUAGGAUUUUAUGAGAGUGGAGUAGAUUUACAGAGUAUACAAGCGAUAUUUUAGCGACAUUCAAUCAUUUUAUGCAAAGGGAUAUACAGCCGAUGUUUGGUGUGGUUUCUAAUUAACUUUUAUAUGUAUGUGGUCAAAGCAUUGUUAUCUGAUAUAAAUGGACUUGUAUGUUUUCGUGACUAUAUGCAAUAACACAGUGUGAAGUUUGUCCCCAAGAGAUGUAACCAGCUAGACAAAACAUUGUAACGACAAACGAAAAGUAGCGCAGACGCUUGACAAUCUUUUGUGGACUCUUAAAAAUGUACGGGUUUGUCAACCAUGCUCUCGAGCUUCUUGUCAUCAGACGAUUUGGUAAAGACAAAUGGGAAGAAGUCAAGAAGGAGGCUAACUUGGUCAUAGAAGGAAAGUUUAUUAUUCGGAACAUUUAUGAUGAUGCGGCAACGUAUAAUGUUGUUGGGGCAGCGUCAAAAGUGCUCGGAUUGCCGGCAGCGUUUCUUUUGGAAGAAUUCGGUAAAAUGUUCUUUGAUUUCUGCAAAGAAUCCGGCUACACAAAAAUCUUGAAGGUAUUAGGAGCUAAUACAAAGGAGUUUCUCCAGAACUUGGACGCUCUUCAUGAUCAUCUUGCAACAAUCUAUCCCGGCAUGCAAGCGCCCUCCUUCCGGUGUUCCAAUGAAAAUGGCGCUUUAAUUUUGCAUUACUAUUCAGAUCGUCCCGGCCUUGAAUCAAUUGUAGUCGGAAUUGUUAAAACAGUCGCCAAAAAUUUACAUAAUUCUGAAGUCGACGUUAAAAUCUGGAAAACUAAAGAAGAAUGUGAUCACGUCCAAUUUGUUAUUAUAGAAAAAGGAGCAAAAAAGGUAGUUGAUGAUAACAAUGACAAUACAUAUGUACAUAACAAAAAUCUGAAACCGAAAAUCAGUCCAGCAACUUUUUGCAGAGCAUUUCCGUUUCAUAUUUUGUUCGACAAAAACAUGAUCAUCAAACAAACUGGAUUUUCAUUGGCCAGGGUUGUUCCUAGAGUAUCAAGAGGGAACUGUAAGAUCGAUGACGUAUUUGAAAUGAUUCGUCCCCAUAUGGCAUUUGAUUUUAAUCACAUUUUGUCACAUAUUAACACUGUUUACGUGCUUCGUACCAAAGAAGAAAUAUGUAAAGCAGACGACAAUGCGAAUAAACUUGACCAUCAAGAUUCCUCGCGCAUGCGCUUGAAAGGUCAAAUGGUGUUUGUUCCGGAGUCUGACAUGUUAUUGUUUAUGUGCUCCCCGAGUGUAACCAGUCUUGAUGACCUUAGUAGGCGUGGUCUAUUCCUGAGCGACAUACCCCUUCAUGACUCCACACGAGACUUGGUGCUGCUAUCAGAGAAGUUUGAUGAGGAGUAUCGUCUGACACAGAAGCUGGAGUUUCUCACAGACAAGUUGCAGACGAUGCAUCGUGAACUCGAGGCGGAGAAGCAGAAGACAGAUAAAUUGAUGUAUUCUAUUCUGCCAGCAUCGGUUGCUAAUGAGCUCCGUCACAACAGAAGUGUCCCGGCCAGGAAGUACGAAAACGUCACAAUCAUGUUUAGUGGUAUUGUCGGCUUCUCCAAAUUCAGUACCAGCAAUUCGGACGUGCAUGGCGCUAUCAAGAUAGUUAAAUUGUUGAAUACAGUCUACACAAAGUUUGACGACAUUUUACAGAAGCACACGGAUGUGUUUAAGGUAGAAACAGUCGGAGACAAAUACAUGGCGGUAAGCGGUCUACCGGAAGAGAGUGUAACUCACGCAAAAUCGAUAGCGAGGCUAGCAUUAGAUCUGAUGGAUGUGUCAAAGGAACUGAGAGACCCGAAUAACCAUCUCAUUGAAAUUACUAUAGGGAUGCACUCGGGUGAAGUUGUUACUGGUGUAAUUGGUAAAAGAAUGCCCCGAUAUUGUCUGUUUGGAAACACUGUCAACUUAACCAGUCGGACGGAAACCACAGGAGUCGUCGGAAGAAUCAAUGUCUCGCAAUAUGCGCAUGCAUAUUUGAAAUCCGGCCCAUGUUACGAUCCCCAAUACCACUUUACAUACCGGGGUCAAGUGAAAAUGAAAGGCAAGAAGGAUCCAAUGGAUUGCUGGUUCCUAUCAAGAAAAUUGAUGCCAAGUUAAAAGCAUUCAUUAUGCAGAUCACGUGUGUGCGCGCCCAAAAUAUACGCUGGUACCUUACAUCAUGUAAAGUACCAAAACAUAGCUAAACACAAGUUACAUACUAUUAUUAUUAGCAAUUCUUGCUUCUAUCUUUUACCUGAUCAUUGUAUUUCAAAUAGAAUUGAAAGACCUUGACCUGAUGACAUUGUAUGAUGAAUUCAUUUGCCUAGUUUCGAAUUUGGAACAGUACAUUUCUAAAUGAAAUAUCAAAAUACAAAACUUUAGUUAUCAGCAUUAAAGAGUCUGGCCAGACUUCCCGGAUGUACUAGUAUGAUAGUCCAAAACUUGAAACUAUAUUUUUGCCCUCGGAUUUAAAAACAGUAAUAUUACGGUAGUGACUUUCCAUAAAAUAAAAAAAAAGAUUAAUAGUAUGAAUUCAAAGUAAACGCAAGCAGUGACCUGGGACUACCAGCAGUAACGAACUAAAUGCAGCAGACAAAAUUGUUCAUAAUUCAUUCAUGAAAUGCUGAAAAAAAAAUAUUUCCAACGUGUCGUAAAAGUAUUCUAUUCUGUUUUAUGUCCACGCGCCACGAUGCAAUCACGGAUCGUCUGCUGAUAAAGAAUAAAAAGAAAGAUAGAACUUUAAAACUUGAGUACUCUUUUUAAAAGGCUAUUUUUACUAAGGAAACGUGUUUAAAGUGUUAAAUUGUUUCACUAAUCAAAUGAUAUUAUUGCGUGUAAUUAUUUUUGUAAAUUCUAACUUUUAUGAACUGUAUAUAUUUUUACAAACGUUUGUAUUCAAAUUUGUAUAUAGAUACAUGUACUGAUUAUACAUUUGUUACAAAUUCUUUUUAACAAAUAUUUCUUUUGUGAAUAAAAUUAUUCCGAGAAAA